AUGGCGUCCCCAUUCGAGACUGGCAUGUCUCGAUCCUCGCCUGAGAUGACCACCGCCUUCCAGAGACCUGGCUCCUCCAGGUCAAGAACACACAGCAUCUCUAGCGACAGGCCCUCGACCGCCGCCCUGAGCGUCAUGUCACCCCCCUUAUCCGCGUCACCAGAGGCUGCCUUCAUCGCUGCCUCCGCUGCCUCCCAGAUUGUCACCAACGACCACGACAGCCACGCCGAUACCUGGUACGACCAGCACGGCUUCCAGCCGUCUGGGGAAACCGUCUUGGUCUCCCUCGCCGCCCUGCGUCUGGUCAAUGGCUUCCUUGACCACCUCCUUUUCAACUUCCUCUCCAGGUCUGGCUCCACCACCCUGGCUGCCCUCCGGCCCGCCGUCACCGAGGUCCUUAAGCCGAAGCUGGCCAAGGAUGCCAUCAACAACGCUGAUGAGGAGCUUCGCGAGUACUUGGGUGGUGGUGACGACGACGAGUUCUUGCAGUCCCAACCCUCGCCCUCGCCCAGAGACUGGGACCUGGAGCUCGUCUGGAAACGAACCAGGUUGAGGUGCAUGGUGUAUUCGUCCUUGGGCGACAUGGAAGAGGAGGACGAGGAUCAUCACAUGGAAGAAGGCUUACUCAGUGAUGAUGAUGAGAACCUUAGCGGGGUUGUGUCUCCGGCGGUCGCCAUCUUCCUCACCUCGAUUCUCGAAUUCUUGGGCGAGCAAGCCCUGAUUUCGGCCGGGCAGGCAGCCUGGCAUCGGAUGCGCGUCAAGUACGAGAAGGAUCAGAAUGAUGGCCUCAAGGGUCGUUCGGACGUUGUUGACAGGAUUGUUGUUGAGGAGGUCGAUAUGGAGAGGGUGGCCUUGGACCGAACGUUGGGCAGAUUGUGGAGAGCCUGGAAGAAACGGAUACGAUACCCGGUAUACAGUUCCGCCGAGAUGUCGCCGCAGUCUUUGUCACGAGAGAGGCUUCUCCAUUUCCGACAGAGUAGUGUGUCUGCCGAGAGCGCCGUGCCCCCUGCGGUUCAAGAGUCCGCUCCCGAGUCCCCCACCGGAGAGGACCCAGAGUCAUUGGUAGGCAAGGCUGCCGCAGGGGAGGAUGACAUGCAGGCCGCAGCAGUUCCACUCCCGAUGAGUGAGAGAGACAUCGACGAAAUCGAGGUGCCUGGCCUCGUCCAUUACAGCGAUGACGAACCAGAGGAAGAUGAGCCGGAGGAGCUGGAUACCGUCACACGACCAAAGAGCAUGAUGAUCUUCCCGGUUACAACCAAGGCUGAGCCUCCGACACCCACGUCCGAACCACACACUCCAACAAGAGCGACGAGAAAGCGCGCAAACUCACUCCCAACCCCGGCUGCCUCGCCUCAGCAGCACAGGAAGGCCGCAGCCCAGGCAAAUGAUAACGCUGAGGAGCCGGAAACAGCAGAUCAGGUUGAUAUGAACGGCUCCCGAACCGAGCCAGUCGACGGCAGCAUCGAGGACAGCAUCUCCAGCCCAGAAGAGACGGAAGUCCACAACACGGAAACAGUCCACGGCGACAACAGCAAUUCCACUGAAAAGGCCCUUGUCGAUGGAUCAGAGCCUCAAUCCACAGGUCUCAUCCCCAAAAUUGUUGGUGUUGCUGCGGCUGCUGUUGGGGCUGUCACAGGUGCUGCGGUUGCGGAUCGGAAUGAGCAUGCCGGGACCAAAGACGAUGCGGAUGAGUUGGACUUCGAGGUUGAGGAGGCCCAAAUACUGACCUCCUCAAGGAUUUCGAUCGGGACCAACAUCUCGAACAGGAGCAAUUCUCCUGCGAAUUCUGACAGAAGCUCUCGACCACCUUUGUCCGUCCAAACUCUCCCGGUCAGGUCGGGAUCUCUCAGGCUGGUAAACGUUACGAGUCCACGGACGCCCUCAGUCAGGUCCCAGAUGAGCUCGGCCCAGGAGCAGAGCAACAGCUCCUCCUCGCGCUCCGGGGAUGUGUCGAGGGCUAGCAGCAUCCGGACCCAACCCAACUUGGAGGAGCCACGCGUCGCCGAAGACAGCCGUGGCGUCCAAAUCCCUGUUACGGGCUCAUCAGGCAUGUCACGCGCAAAGGUUGGACAGCCAAUAUCUGAGGCCGAGGAGAGCACGGAGCCUGCUGUGCGGAAACUCCCGGCGACCUCUGGCCCCGCCGCUGCCGUAGCUUCUCGUAAGGAGACAGCAACUGGCCCCAAGGCAUCAGAAGCACAGUCUACUGUCAGGGAAGAGCACCUGGGACAGCAAAAGCAGGCUCAAUCUCAUGGAACGCAGCCUCUCUUUGGUUCAGUUAGGCGUCAGACGCCGCACUCACCCCCGCCCGCUAGCCCUGACCAGCCGCAGCAGCAGCAGCAGCAGCAAUCUGUAGAUCAGCAGAAGUCAACUGCUCUGAGCACACCUCCCGAUUCUGGGACAUUUUUCGAGAAUGACGUUGCGCCUCCACCACCGAGGCACCCGAGACGGUCUCCAAGGUCAUUUGGCAACCAAACCAACAGCCCCGCGAGCACCCCAAUUCCGGAGGAGAGCAUUAGCACUAACCAGCAUCGACACGGGCAUUCGCUGGGUGGUGCAUCUCAGCAUGGUACCAUCGGUGUCGUCUCCGUGGACCGCCCUGAUUUGCAUCGUGAAUAUGGAGAUGCAUCCCGCCCUUCACAAGACCAGAGCACAAUCCGCCAGCUACACACCUCCGGGUCAUCGUCUGCGUCCUCUCACAAGGUACGGGCCGCGCGAGGUUCUCAGGACAGCACAGCCACUCGACCAGAGGACGUUGCGCGAAACUUUGAGGAGCUCAUUCAUAGCAACGAGACCAUCCAGUACACGUUGACGCCAGAGAACAUGCGUGAAAUAGAGGGCUCGCCGAGGACUAUGCAAUCCGGCGUAUCUGGCAAGGGAAGAAAGAGCGAGGAUGUUCGUCAGUCAAACAGGGACCGAGCUGCUUCUGCUGCUACGAGCAAGUCAGGUGACGUGAAGAGGUCGGGGUCCGUGACGCGCCUAUCGCCAUUGAGUUCGCAUCCCGUCGACAUGCCCGAGGCCGAUUCAACAGCCGGGCCUUCACCGAGAGCUCCACCUGUCUCAAUGGCAAACAGGGCCCGUGGGGCUGCGCCUCAAGCUAGAGACGCCAGGGUCCCUCGAGAAUCACUGGUCGAGUUCGCCGAGUUCAUACGUGCAACUGGUCCUUCUGGUGCUGAUCCUGGUCCGGCACCGCUCAAGCGGAACCAAAGUCUCAUGAACAACAGGACAGCUCCACGUCAGAAGCCGAGCGCCAACAUGAGUCUCGACUACGGACGUCCUUCAAUGAGCGGCAGUGUCAGCAGGGCUCGUCUGCAGGCUAGGGGCGCUACAGUCGACAACGACAGCGACAACUCCGACCUUAUUGAUUUCAUCCGCCGUGGCCCACCCAGCGCUGGUGGCAACCCUCGAAUUCCUCGGACUGUGGCGCCUUUCCGAACGACCAUGGACUCAGACUUGUUGAAGUCAGCCGUUGGCGGCAAGGCCAUGGAUGCCACGCUGCCCGACAUCCACGACACGCGCUAUAGCCAGGCCUCCACAAAUGUGACGGAAAUGUCUGCGCCGUCUGUCCAGUCAUCUAUCAACUCCCAGAGCGCUCUUCUUGGAAGAAAACAGCCGUCAGGACAGACCGGUAACCCAUUCGACGAACCAGAUAUGAUGCCGCAGCGCAAGCAACACCGGGUGCGGGAUCCUUAUGCCAUUGAUAUCAGUGACGAGGAGGAAGAGGACGACGAAUUUGACCCCCAACCGAGGAGAAAGGUACAGCAGCCGAAGGAGGAAAGCUUGAUAGACUUCCUGAACAGUGCGCCGCCGCCGCCCGAGUCGGCGCCAGUUCCUUUCAAUCUUCCGCGGACACAAACCAUGCCUGCACAGCCUACGCAGGCACCCAAGAAAAAGGCGAGUGCGCCUAGUUUAAUGUCACGAUUCCGACAGAACAACAGCAGCAGUGGUGCAGCUGCUGGAAACUCGAACGGGGUGAAGAGCCCCACGAAGUCGCAGAAAAACCAGAAGAGCAGCGCGCCAGCAGCGAGCAAGGGGUACAUCCCUAUCCAGGUCAAUAUCCCCACCGGUGGUGACCUGUUCCCGAGCUACGGUUCAAGCAGCGCGGCCCCGGCUGUCCCCAGCGUGCCGUCCAGCACGUCCUCGUCCCGACCCAGCGGCCGUGUGCCGAUGAAGAGAUUCGAGCCUCGCGAUGCCGUCUCCGUGCCAUCGCGUGGCACAUCCGACCUGGCCGAUUUCCUCCGGAGCUCUGGGCCUCCACCUUCAAUGAACACGGCUCCUUACGCUGCCGAGCAACCCGAGACCAACGGUGGGUCUAGGUUGUUUGGCCGCAGGAAGAAGUCGAUGGGUUUCGCAUAA